AUGGCGGCGAUACGGGGCAUGCUGUUUCUCGGCCAGUAUCAGUACGACCGCUACCGGGCUAACCCGACCGCGAUCCAGAUGGACAAAAACUACCGCGACUGGAUCGGCAUUAUGCCGGGCUUAACGUUCUGCUUUCACGACCGGAUCGACUGGAACCGGGCCUGGGAGUAUCUGGAGCGCAUUCAGCUUACCGGCCACGAAGCCACUCGGGAGGGCUUAGCGGCGAAUGAGACCACCGGGACGUACCGGCGCUACCUUGCCGACUUUGUCCAAACGCUUGUCGGUGUGACGGCCACCGAGCUGGGCAAUCUGUCGCACUUUCUCACCGACCGCCGGCUGGCCACGGGCGUGAAUAUUCUCGAGCUAAUCAGCACGGUGCACCCGAAUCACGAUAUCGCCAUCAACAGCUUCCAGCCCGAGCACGGUGCGCGGCUGCAGGUGCAUCAGAUUGUUACCGAGCGCGGCAUCUGCUACGCGCUGAAUGCACCGCUCGCCCUCCUGCAGAGCGCCAACGGGUCGAGCGGGCAGGUGGCUUCGGGGAAAGGCUUUCCCGGCUGGAGCCCCAUAGAGUGUGAGUUCAGCCAGCACGAGUGCUACAUGAAGCUCGACAUGUUCCGCUCAACAGUAUCGUACACCAUACACUCGCCGUACGAGGUGUCCACCAGCGAUCAGCUGUUCACCCAUGUGGAGGAGUCGGAUGAGCUGGUUGCCGUCUACAGUGUGCUCGAGACGGUUGCCAACGAGCGGCUGAAGGAUCUGACGGUACGACAGCGCAAAUGUUACUUUUACGAUGAAGCAUAUGAAAAUUUGCAGUUCUACAGCUACAACCUCUGCAUCAUGAACUGCCGGGCAAAGCGGGCACUCGCCGUCUGUCAGUGUCGGCCCCACUUUUACCCAUUCGCCGAGGGGCCAACGUGCACCGUGGCUGGGCUGCACUGCCUGCAGCAGCAUCCCGACUGGAGCAGCGAUGCGGACUGCAAAUGUUUAAAGUCCUGCACUGACGUGGGCUAUUACGUUGCGUCGCUCAGCAAAACGCAGUGGACGGCCGAAGGAGGCAUACCGUUCACGCACAAAGCAUCGUUACGGUGGGAAAUCCUCCAGCCCAAGACGAGACUCCGGCGGGUGCUCAUCUUCAGCUACGAAGAUUUGCUUGUAUCGGUCGGUGGUGCGAUAGCGUUGUUUUUUGGAAAGAAUGGAUUUUACUUGUCAAAAAUUAUAGAAUUUCUAUCCAUCGAGCUGGGCGGUUGGGUCCGGAAGAAAUACAUCAAGCGCAAAGAAAGAAAGAGAAAACGAAAACAUGCUAUACGAUUAGUUGCUCCCAAGUAG